UCAUUAAUACCAGCCCCCCCUUGUCUGGCUUUCCCAUCCCCCAGCAACCGCACAGAACACAAAGCAGGAUUCACUGCCACGGUCGUCGGCCAGCCAGGCGCACAUCAUUGUCCACCACUCCCCCAGGCCAUCCUCACACAUCCACACAUCCACAUCGACCCAAACUCGCACACGUACCUAAUUCCCCCGCUGCCGUUACCCUAUCGAGCGACCGACAUUCCUCUGCAUCCACAACCACCACAGCCUUCUUGGGAGCAUUCGCUCGCUCACGACACCACGCGCGAGCUUACGCGCCCUGAAAUCGAGGCGAGCGAAGGAGCUCCUGCAUCGUUCGAUCCACAAUGUCCGACUAUGGCAAGUUCGCGGAUUUCUGUAGAGAUACUGGCAAUCGCUGGUCCACCCUGCCUGUAUGCUAUCUCUUUGACCAAGCAUCCAGCCGCGACAACACUGGAUGGAUCGGAGGCUGCGAAUUGACCGGUAUCCCUUUGGGAGGAGGUCGCAACCUGGCCAAUCUGGGGUCCAUACUGGUCUGCGGAAUUGCCAUUUUAAUUAGCGCCUUCUUGCUGUGGAGAUCCGAACGGAAGAAGGCCGCGGUCGGAAGAAGGGAAAUGCAACUCUUCCUGCUUGGUUAUAUAAUCGUUUCCAUCUGCGAAAUUUUCACAGUCGGAGGCUUUCCCCUCGAUGGGGGUGUACGAAGGGGAUUCGUUGCCGCUCAUCUCGCCGCUGUCGUUGCCACUCUAUGGAUUCUUAUGCUCAACGGUCUUGUCGGCUACCAGCUCUUGGACGACGGUACCCCCAUAUCCUUGGGUCUGAUUGUUGCAUCUGCUGCUGCCUUCUUCAUUGGCGUCGGCUAUGUCGCCCUCGACACAGGCUUCAGCUGGACUGGGUUUUGGGACUCGAGCUUGUCAGGUGACAACCAAAGCUACGCUCUCUACACGUUGUACUUUCUAGGACCUCUCGUCUUCUUGGUCGUCUUCUUCCUCCUGGAGGCUUUCCUGGUCCUCCGUAUCCUUGGGGAGCGCAAACCCAUGAUGUAUCUCGUUGGAGCCGCCCUGCUGUUUGCAAUCGGGCAGAUUUUCCAAUUCGUGGUCAGCGUACACAUCUGCACUGGUACCGACGGGAAGAUUAAUGGAGGCCUUUUUGAGACUUUGUUCACAUUGCUUUCAGUAGUAAUGAUCUGGGUGUUCUGGUCCAGCAUCACCGAGGACGACUGGCCUAUGCCGCAAGUUGCAGGUGUAGGCGGAUAUUCGUGA